AUGUUUUGCAUGUGCUUGCUAGAACCGAAAAUAUCAACUAUAAGUAUCAUUGAUAAUAGCAAUUUAAUGAAAAGAUUAAUUAAUGAGGAAAAAUCGUUAAAAAAUUUCAUUGAUGAGCUUGAAAACAACAACAAAUUUGACAAAAACAACAACAACUAUAACAAUAAUAAUAACAAUAACUAUUAUGACUUCAACAAUAUCAAAAUUAAUAACAACAACAACAUUGACUAUGACUACGACACUGACGCUAAUGAUAACGUGAAGAAAAACUCUGAAAAUGAUAACUUAGAAACGAACAACGACAACAACAACAAUUUCGAAACAGGUGACGAAAUGAACAAUGGAAAUGGUCAUAAAAAUAGUAAUAAUUUUAAUAAUUAUGACGAUAAUAAUGAGAGAAACAAAAAUAUGGAUGACGUCAGCGACAUAGACACGUCAGAGGUCAAGUUGGCUGAGACGAAAUAUUCAUUCGAACAGAUCCAGAGGAACAUUGAAUUUUUAAAGGACGCUAGAGACAUUAUAACGACGCUGAGGGAGAAACUGUUGGCUGCAAAUAAUUAA